AGUUUUAAGGGUUUAACAGUAGUGAAUGCGGAGAGUCCAAAACACCACAGCCAGUCUAAAUUCAAAGCCGUAGCUUCGAUAGGCAAUGGUUUCUCUAUCGACUUGGUUUCGAUACGUGUCGCACAAGCUCGAGUAUUCCGUCUCUAUCAGCUGGAAGAACUAUAAGCAAGGUCAUAUCAGAGACAUAGAAUAUCUUGAUUCUAUUGGGAAAUAUUUAUUUCAGGGAAAGUUGACCUAUUUACACUGGAAUAAAGGAGAGGAGAUGGCCCCAGUUAUAGGGGGGCAAGGUGGAACUCUUCUCGUACGGAAGUUACCAUUUGUAGAUCCAAAUCGUGUUUAUAUUGGAGAUGUUGUGGUGUUGAAGGACCCGGAGAAAUCAGACAACUACCUAGUAAGACGGUUAGCUGCUGUUGAAGGGUAUGAAAUGGUGUCUACUGAUGAGAAAGAUGAGCCUUUUGUUCUUGAAAAGGAUCAAUGCUGGGUGUUGGCUGACAAUGAAAACAUAAAGCCGAAGGAAGCCAAUGACAGUCGAACCUUUGGUCCAGUUCCCAUGACAAAUAUAGUUGGAAGAGUUCUUUAUUGCCUUCGGACAGCUGUGGAUCAUGGCCCUGUCCUGAACAGUCAUUUGAGCAUGCGACAGGAUUCACCAGUGAUGGAGGUGGAACUGGAUGUGGAAGAUAUGGUGAAAAAUCACAAAGCAUAGACUCUGCCCUCACAGAGCACUGACUCCUUUGGUUUGUAUUGAUUGUCUUUUCUUGCUUGUUGUACUCAUUAGACAUCUGAUUAAGUACCAAGGGAAUAAUAAAAGGCCAUCUUUAGGUUCAUCUCUUAUGGGAGGUGCUGUAUUUAUGGUUAUCCUCGACCAGGUGUGGCUGUUGGGUAAUCUGAGUCUUUCCUUCAGAUUGGCGAAUACAAAGAGACAUGUCUUCUUGAGUUUCAUCUAUGUUUAACAUUGUGUUAGAACAUUAUGUAGUUUCAAAGGCUAGCCAAGGAACAGGAAAAAAAAAAACAAUUGAAGAAAAACCAAUGCGUUAACAUCAGAGAAAAAACAUCGAUUUCUUGAUUGAUUA